GUGUUCCUGUGUCCUAAUAAAGGAUCUUAGUUGACUUUAACUCCUGCGGUGCUGAGUGCUUCUCCCUGCAGAAAGCCUGGAGAUAGAAAAUGAAUAGCUUGAUAGUCAAACGUAUACUGUCAACGGGAAGUAAAGCUGCUCCUUGUGCACCAAGGGUGGGGUCAUGGCUCCCUCUGGUCAGGAAUCCUCAGAGAGUCAACUGGGAUGUGGUAAGGGUGUGCCACGCUGGAUCCGUUGACCCGCUUUCCAAAAAAACCCAGCACAUUAAAAAGAGAGGCUAUGACAUUACCAGAAACCCCCAUCUCAAUAAGGGAAUGGCAUUCACACUUGAAGAACGUCUGCAGCUUGGCAUUCACGGCCUCCUUCCUCCAUGUUUCCUGAGCCAAGAUGUACAAGUUCUGCGUGUCUUGAAGAGUUAUGAAACCAAGUCCAGCGACCUAGACAAAUACAUUAUCCUGAUGACUUUACAAGACAGGAAUGAGAAGCUGUUCUAUCGCGUGUUGACUUCAGACAUCGAGAGGUUCAUGCCUAUUGUAUACACUCCCACGGUGGGCUUGGCAUGUCAGCAGUACGGCUUGGCCUUCAGAAGACCACGAGGGCUUUUUAUAACGAUCCAUGAUAAGGGUCACAUUGCGUCCAUGCUGAACUCUUGGCCAAGGGAUGACAUAAAGGCCAUCGUUGUGACAGAUGGCGAGCGUAUCCUUGGCCUUGGAGACCUGGGAGGUUACGGCAUGGGAAUCCCCGUGGGCAAGUUGGCUCUAUAUACUGCCUGUGGAGGAGUCCACCCGCAGCAGUGUCUCCCUGUAUUACUGGAUGUGGGCACUGACAAUGAGACACUUCUGAAUGACCCCUUGUAUAUUGGAGUAAAACACAAGCGAGUUCGUGGGAAGGCAUACGAUGACCUAGUUGAUGAAUUCAUGCAAGCUGUGACCGACAAAUACGGCAUGAACUGCUUGAUCCAGUUUGAAGACUUUGCAAAUUCCAAUGCCUUCCGUCUCCUGAACAAGUAUCGCAACAAAUACUGUACGUUCAACGAUGAUAUACAAGGAACGGCAUCCGUGGCGGUAGCUGGGAUUUUGGCUGCUCUCAGGAUCACAAACAAUAGACUUUCUGACCACAAGUUUGUCUUCCAAGGUGCUGGUGAGGCGGCCAUGGGAAUUGCUCUCCUCAUUAUCAUGGCGAUGGAGAAAGAGGGAACCCCUAGAGAAGAGGCCAUCAAGAGGAUCUGGAUGGUGGAUUCAAAGGGACUAAUAGUGAAGGGACGAGGGAACCUGAAUCAUGAAAAGGAAAUGUUUGCUCAAGACCACCCUCCUGUGAAAACUCUGGAAGAGGCUGUAGAGAUACUGAAGCCCUCAGCAAUUAUAGGAGUGGCUGCUAUCAUGGGGGCGUUUACAGAGAAGAUACUGAAAAACAUGGCUGCUUAUAAUCAAAGACCAAUAAUAUUUGCACUGAGUAACCCAACCAGCAAGGCGGAGUGCACGGCGGAGCAGUGCUACCGUCUGACGGAGGGUCGCGGGAUCUUUGCCAGCGGAAGUCCGUUCUCCAAAGUGACCCUUCCAAAUGGUCAGACUUUCUACCCGGGUCAGGGAAACAAUGCCUAUGUGUUCCCGGGAGUUGCUCUGGGAGUCAUCGCUUGUGGCGUCCGACAUAUCACAGAAGACAUUUUCCUCACCACGGCGGAGGCCAUUGCUGAAGAUGUCACCAAAGAGAACUUGGCAGAGGGACGAUUGUAUCCCCCUCUUAGCAGCAUCAGGGAGGUGUCCCUCAAGAUUGCUGUUAAGGUCGUGGACUACGCUUACAGAAACAACCUGGCAUCCUGCUAUCCAGAACCCGAUGACAAAGAGGCCUUUGUGAAAUCCAUCAUCUACAGUGCUGACUAUGAUUCCUUUGCCAUCGACAACUACCGGUGGCCCGAGGAGGCUAUGCAGAUCCAAGAUGUGUAGCCCGUAUUAUGCGUCUUCUCUCUACGAUUGCACUGUCACACACUCCGGGAGUGUCGCUCAAGACAAGCAUACUUAUAGCAAAGCUUCCUGAUGUUAGAUUCAUAAAUCACCAAGCAGACAAACCAAGAAUAGAUUGAAUGUAAUACAUACAGUACUCAGCCUUGCCUAGAAGUCUCCUCAUAGACUAGAACAGAAGACCCCAAACUGG